CGGCGACGCGUCUGCGGCGCGGGAGGCGAGGCUCCGGGGCUAUGAGGAGAGAACAUUGAAAUUAUUCUCUAAGCUAUUUGAAGAGAGUGACUAAAUGCACCUGGGUCAGGCUGUCUGUGGGUAUGAAGUGGUUGGGAGAAUCCAAGAACAUGGUGGUGAAUGGCAGGAGAAAUGGAGGCAAGUUGUCUAAUGACCAUCGGCAGAAUCAAUCAAAAUUACAGCACACGGGGAAGGACACCGUGAAGGCUGGCAAAAACGCAGGCGAGAGGAGGUCGAGCAGAUGUAAUGGUAAUCCAGGAUUUGAAGGACAGAGCCGAUAUGUACCAUCUUCUGGAAUGUCUGCCAAGGAGCUCUGUGAAAACGAUGACCUAGCAACCAGUUUGGUUCUUGAUCCCUGUCUAGGUUUUCAGACACACAAAAUGAACACGAGCGCCUUUCCUUCGAGGAGCUCAAGGCAUUUUUCAAAAUCUGACAGUUUUUCUCACAACAACCCUGUGAGAUUUCGGCCUAUUAAAGGAAGACAAGAAGAACUAAAGGAAGUAAUUGAACGUUUCAAGAAAGAUGAGCACUUGGAGAAAGCCUUCAAGUGUCUGACUUCAGGGGAAUGGGCACGGCACUAUUUUCUCAACAAGAACAAAAUGCAGGAGAAAUUAUUCAAGGAACAUGUAUUUAUUUACUUGCGAAUGUUUGCAACUGACAGCGGAUUUGAAAUAUUGCCUUGUAAUAGAUACUCGUCGGAACAAAAUGGAGCCAAAAUAGUUGCAACGAAAGAGUGGAAACGAAAUGACAAAAUAGAAUUACUGGUGGGUUGUAUUGCCGAACUUUCAGAAAUUGAGGAGAACAUGCUACUUAGACAUGGAGAAAACGACUUCAGUGUCAUGUAUGCCACACGGAAAAACUGUGCUCAGCUCUGGCUUGGUCCUGCUGUGUUUAUAAACCAUGAUUGCAGACCUAACUGUAAGUUUGUGUCAACUGGUCGAGACACAGCAUGUGUGAAGGCUCUAAGAGAUAUUGAACCUGGAGAAGAAAUUUCGUGUUAUUAUGGAGAUGGGUUUUUUGGAGAAAAUAAUGAGUUCUGCGAGUGUUACACUUGUGAAAGACAGGGAACUGGUGCUUUUAAAUCCAGAGUGGGACUGCCUGCGCCUGCUCCUGUUAUCAAUAGCAAAUAUGGGCUCAGAGAAACAGAUAAACGUUUAAAUAGGCUUCAAAAGUUAGGUGACAGCAGCAAAAAUUCAGACAGUCAAUCUGUCAGCUCUAACACUGAUGCAGAUACCACUCAGGAAAAAAACAAUGCAAGUAAGUAGGGGAGAUUCGAUAAGCAUAUCUUUUUUUCUUCUUUUUUUUUUUAAAGUAUUUUCACAUAGUUUGCUUUCUAAAGCAUGCGUUAAUAGUUUUGAUCUUUUAAACAUUGAGAGAAACUCUGGGAUUCAUGCACUUCACCAGCACUGCAAGGUUCUAGAAGUGAUUCGAGCACAAAGGCAGUCUGUAUCAUGCCUCCAGAUCUCACAUGGUACUAAACUGUCUGCUUUUCUGGAAUACUUGGUAACUGGAUAUUAAGUUCUUCACCGUGUGUUCCAGGGUCAUCAUGUGUUUAACAGAAAGCUUUGCAAGUUGUUAGUUUCUCUGUAAUGAUGUUGUUAGGUCCGCAAGAAGACAAAGGACGGGGUGGCGUCACACAGGCCUGUCCUGCG